AUGACGAAAGAAGUGGUACAGCGAUUUACGCACAGCAGCGAUUAUCGGCUCGUUUUGCAGCGUCUGAAAGCGGAUUUCGAACGAAGAUAUAAUGAACAUAUACCGGCCAAGGAUACGUGCUAUAAGGAGUACGAGUACCUGCGCAUCCUUGGGUCUGGCGCAUUCGGAGUCGUGAAGCUCGUCAAACGUAAAACCAACGAUGAUUUUUUUGCCAUGAAGAUCCUUUCCAAAGACAAGAUAAUCCGUCAAAAGCAACUGCAGCACACGGUCAACGAGAAGCGCAUUUUGCAGAGCGUACACUUUCCCUUUGUGGUACGGUUGGAAACGUGCUUCAAGGAUAAUUCCUACAUCUAUCUCGUGAUGCCGUUUGUGAAUGGGGGCGAAUUGUUUACCGUGCUGCGAAGCUGCUGCAAGUUCAGCGAACCCCAAGCGAUCUUUUACGGAGCACAGGUGGCACUGGCCCUGGAGUACUUGCAUUCCUGUGGGCUAGUGUACCGCGAUCUGAAGCCAGAAAAUCUGUUGCUCGAUUACCGUGGGUAUGUGAAGAUGACCGAUUUUGGAUUUUGUAAGCAAGUGAAGGAACGUACCUGGACGCUGUGUGGUACACCGGAAUAUCUGGCCCCAGAAAUAAUCCAUGCGAAAGGGUACGGUAAAAGUGUCGAUUGGUGGUCGUACGGGGUGCUUUUGUAUGAGAUGUCCGCCGGAUACUCACCGUUCUACGUCCAGAGCGCCAACCAAAUGGCUAUGUUCGAGCGUAUCUGCAAAGAAAAGUACAAAUUUCCCAAGCACUUCCAUCCGGAUCUAAGUCACCUGAUUCAGAACCUGCUUCAGACCGAUCUGUCACGCCGGUACGGUAACUUACGCAACGGAACCGACGAUAUCAAGCAACACCGGUGGUUCAAGGGAGUUAACUGGUACGCGCUGCUCAACCGGGAUCUCGUCGCACCAUACGUACCGAAACUGGAAGGUUCAGGAGAUGCUUCGCUGUUCGAUUUUCAUGAUGAAGUCAGCUUGAAGAUUGCUUCCCGGUGUGAGUACGCCAAGGAGUUUGCCGAUUUUUAG